CAUAAAUAAAUAUAGGUUUUUCAGUUAGUUUUCUACUGUAAUGUGAAAAAAGCCCAGCGAAUCACGGUUUCACGUAGAUUCUUCUUCGUUUUCCCUGAGGAGGUGUUCUGGUUCGAAAACUUGUCAUCCUCCUCUUGGAAAACAUCUAUCACUAUCUGUGUCUCUGAGCUUUUGUUUAUAAUGGCUUCUGAUAACUAUACCGCCAAAAACGCUGUUUUCAGAAAGCUGAAGGCCAAGUCGGAGAAUAAGAUGUGUUUCGAUUGUAAUGCGAAGAAUCCGACCUGGGCGUCUGUUACGUAUGGGAUCUUUCUCUGCAUCGAUUGCUCCGCGGUUCAUCGUAGCCUCGGUGUUCACAUCAGCUUUGUGAGGUCAACAAAUCUUGAUUCAUGGACUCCAGAGCAGUUAAAGAUGAUGAGUUUUGGAGGGAACAACCGUGCACAAGUGUUCUUUAAGCAGCAUGGUUGGACUGAUGGAGGCAAAAUUGAGGCUAAGUAUACUUCAAGAGCUGCAGAUCUAUACAGACAACUACUUUCAAAAGAAGUUGCUAAAAGCAUGGCUGAGGAAGCUGGUUUGCCAUCAUCUCCUGUUGCUUCUCAGUCAGCUCCUGCAUCUAACGGACUGCCUGAUGCCAAGGUUGUUGAAGCCCCAAAAGGAAAUUCUUGUGAAAAGCAUGAACCUCCUGAGGCGACUGCAGCACCCAAAGUUCCUACUAGUACAGUUGUUACCACAACAAUUAAGAAGCCCCUUGGUGCAAAGAAGACUGGAAAGACUGGAGGCUUGGGGGUCCGAAAGCUUACUACAAAGCCAAGUGAAAGUCUCUAUGAGCAAAAGCCUGAAGAACCCACUCCUGCAGUUGCUACCUCUCCUAGUGCUACCAGUGUAUCUUCAUCAUCUUUUCCUUCUCGCUUUGAGUAUGUAGAGAAUGUCCAAUCAGCUGAUGACAGUUCUGGAAGCACACAAGUGAUUAGUCAUGUUGCCCUUCCCAAGACAUCAACUUUUUUUGCUGAGUAUGGAAUGGAUAGCAGAUUUCAGAAGAAAGGAAUCUCCAGCUUUUCAAAAGUCCAGAUUGAAGAAACUGAUGAAGCAAGGAAAAAGUUCUCAAAUGCCAAGUCUAUUUCAUCAGCCCAAUUUUUUGGGGAUCAAAACAAAGCAAGCGAAAUGGAAGCUCAAGUCUCAUUGCAGAAGUUUUCGAGCUCAACAGCUAUCUCUAGUACUGAUCUCUUCGGUAACAAAGUAGAUGAUUCUCAACUUGACCUAAUAGCAGCUGACCUCAUCAACAAGCUCUCUUUCCAGGCAUCACAAGACAUAUCUUCCCUUAAGAAUAUUGCAGGAGAGACAGGGAAGAAGCUCACUUCUAUGGCUUCUAGUUUUAUAUCAGAUCUUCAGGAUAGAAUCCUCUGAUGAAUGACUUGUUAUUGCCAUCAUCAUCAUCAUCACCAUUAGGAUACUGGUGUGUGCAUGUUCAGGAAUGUCCGAAGAACUUAUUACAAGUAUCAGAAUGUAGUGAAUGUUAAAAGAGUAAACUGCAAAUUCUUUCAGAGAGAAAAAUAAGAUUUAAAUUUUGCUGCCUCCUGGGUUGUUAUUGGCUUUUCUUGUGGUCAGAGAGCAGUGUUUUAAGUGAACUGCAGAAACAUUUCCGCUCUUAUAUGUUACUAGUUUGUAUUUAAAAUGGGGAAGUGCAAUCUCUUACAGUUUGCAUCUUUGGACGAUCUUAGUCUGGCACAAGACAUGUAUUACCUUAUUUAGGAUAGACCAGUAAGACGUUUUUGAGACGGUCUUGUCUGUUAUAUGGACCAAGUUAAUACAAAUUUCUUGACAUUAUUACAAUGCUUUA